AUGGCAGACGACCCUAGAGGCCAUGAAUCCAAGCCGGUCGAGCCGAUUGCCAUUAUUGGCAUGAGUUGUCGGCUUCCCGGCACGGCGACGGAUCCUCCGGCCCUUUGGAACAUGCUUGUAGAGGGACGGACUGCUUGGACGCCGGUCUCAGACCGUCGGUUUCAUAUGGACGGAUUUCGAGACCCUUCAGGGACCAAGGCCAACACGACAAAUACCGGAGGGGGGCAUUUUUUACAAGAGGAUAUCGCUGGCUUCGACGCCGAAUUCUUUGGCAUCGCCCCAGUUGAGGCCACCGCGAUGGACCCUCAGCAGCGUCUCUUGCUCGAGAUUGCGUACGAGGCCUUCGAGAAUGCGGGCAUCAGUUUAGAAGCCGCCUGGGGGUCUUCCACUGGCGUCUACGUCGGCCAGUGGGCUUCUGACUAUCAUGAGAUCCAAACCCGGGACAUUCAACGCCCCCCGAAGUAUUUAGUCACCGGUACAGGCCCAGCCAUUGCGUCGAACCGCAUUUCGUACUUCUUCAACCUGCGUGGUCCAAGCUUCACCAUCGACACGGGCUGCUCUUCCAGCAUGGUUGCCCUGCAUCAAGCCGUGCAGAGCCUGCGCGGUGGCGAAACCACCCAUUGCUUCGUUGGGGGCGUCAACCUCCUCUUGGACCCUCAGCGGUUCACUUACCAGAGCAAACUUCAGUUCUUCUCCCCUGACGGCCGCAGCUUUGCCUUCGACGAGCGAGCCAAUGGGUAUGGGCGCGGUGAAGGUUGCACGGGGUUGGUCCUAAAGCCACUCUCGGCUGCAUUGCAAGAUGGUGACCCGGUGAGGGCUGUGAUUCGCAACUCUGCAGUGAAUCAAGACGGCCGAACGCCAGGGAUCAGUGUUCCCAGCAAGGAAGCCCAGCGGAAAGCCAUCCUCAAGGCAUACCGCGAAGCAAAGCUGGAUCUACAUGCCGAUUAUGUAGAGGCUCACGGCACGGGCACCCGGGUGGGAGAUCCCAUAGAAGUCGGCGCCAUUGCGUCCACUCUUUCUCAAAAGCAAAAGCACGCCGGCCCUGUUCCAAUUGGGUCGGUCAAGGGCAAUAUCGGGCACACUGAAAGUGCUGCGGGUCUGGCCGGGCUGGUCAAAGCAGUGCUGAUGCUGGAGCAUGGCAUUGUACCCUCCCAAGCGAACUUUGAGAGGUUAAACCCGGCAAUUGACGUGAAAGCCAGCAACCUACGGAUUCCACUGACCGCCGAAGAAGUACCACUGCAUAGGAUUUCGGUCAACAGCUUUGGGUACGGGGGUACCAAUGCCCACGUUAUCAUAGAAAGGCCAGAUCCCAUACAAGCGCCUCUGCCUGCACAGCUACGCGACUCACGGUCCACGGUAGACCAGCAGUCACCCGAUCCUAUUGACCGGGUUUUCAUCAUAAGUGCUGCCGCUGAGAAAUCGUGCCAGAGCGCAUGCCAGCGGUUGGCCAAAUACUUGACUUCGAAAUACCGUCAAAACUACCAUGACUCGAACAGUCUUCUUGCUAGACUGGCGUCUACCUUACAACGGAGAUCCGUUCACGCAUACCGCGUAGCCAUAGUCGCGUCCACACUUGAGGGCUUGGUGAUGCAACUGAUAGCCGCUGCACAAUCCCCUGUUCCUGCGGGAGAAAAGCGCCCUCAGCCUCGCUUUGGCUUUGUGUUCAGCGGUCAGGGCGCUCAAUAUGCACGCAUGGCUUUGGAGCUCAUUGAGAACUACCCAUCAUUUGAUAGCGUGCUGGAUCGUGCCCAGCAGCAGCUUACUCGCCUGGAGUGCCCGUGGAACCUUAUCACAGAGCUUUCUCGCAAGAAAGAACACUCCCGCAUCAAUGAUCCGGCCCUGUCCCAGCCGCUGAGUACCAUUGUUCAGCUGGGGUUGAUUGAAAUAUUACGAGAAAUGGGGAUACAGCCAUCUGCUGUCGUCGGACACUCUAGUGGAGAAAUUGCGGCAGCCUAUGCCGCCAACGCCCUCUCACUCGACGAUGCUAUAACUGUCGCCUAUUUCCGCGGCCAGAUGACAAGUAACCUGAUCUCCGAAAACCUCCAUCCAGGCGCCAUGCUCGCAGUGGGAACAACGGCCGAGGUGGCGCAUGGCUAUAUUCAAAGCCUCGGGACCGAGAUCGGUCGUCUGCGAAUUGGCUGCUAUAACAGCCCCAAGAGCGUGACUGCUUCGGGGGACCAACUUGCCGUUGAACGGCUCAAGGAGAUGCUUGACGCGAAUGGCAUUUUCAACCGCAAGCUCAUCACCAACGGGGCGGCCUACCACUCGCACCAAAUGGAGCUCCUUCGAGACAAAUACGCUUCUGCGCUGAAAGGAAUCACGCCGGGCUCUGUGGGCUCAGAUGUACGGAUGUUCAGUACCGUGACAGACCGCGAGCUGGACAGCCGGACCGAUCUCAGCGCAGAAUACUGGGCUCAAAACCUCACGUCUCCUGUGAUGUUCACUUCAGCUCUUCGGAGAAUGGCCGAAGGCGACUACGGUGGUUCUUCCAUAAACACGCUGAUAGAAGUUGGCCCUCACUCGCAGUUGCAAGGGCCGGUGAAACAGACCCUGGAGUCCUUGAAUGGCGCGGGAGACAAGAUUGCAUAUGCCAAUACUCUCUCGAGGAACAAUGACGCCGCACGAUCGCUGCUACAGUUACUCGGUUCUCUGUAUAUUCAACACGGGCGUAACCCUUCGUCCGGUCAAGAUCGUGGAUGCUCAGCUUUGACACCGCUCAUCGACCUCCCCCCUUACUCGUUUGAUCACGACGGAAAGUAUUGGCAUGAAAGCCGCCUAUCAAGAAACUACAGAAGCCAAAAGCACCUUCCACAUGAGCUUCUCGGAUCUAUCACUCCUGGUAUCGACGGUGUUGAACCGAGAUGGAGUCGUUACCUGAGUUUGAAAGGCAGUCCCUGGCUCCAAAGUCAUGUUGUCCAGGGUCAGGUUGUGUUCCCAGCGGCCGGAUACAUCUCAAUGGCAGUCGAGGCAAUCAGACAGCACACUCAGUCUCGUCAUGGCAGUCCUGAUGCACGGCGUAUAGUACUGCGUGAUCUGUCGUUUGGGCGAGCGCUCGUGCUCCAAGAAGAUGCCGAAGAUUUGGAGAUUUGCACUUCGCUGCGCCCACAGCCACAAAGUGCGAGCCGGUCUUCCACUCGGUGGCAUGAGUUUCGCGUUUUCACCAUAGCGGCGGACCAAGAAUGGACCGAGCAUUGUCGGGGAGCCAUUCUAGCUGAAACAGAGGCAACAGAGGCGCAAGACCCUCCAGCUUUGGGCGCUGACGGAAUUCCACGCAACCACUUUGCUGCUGGCCGUUCUACAAAGCCCCAUUCGUUCUAUCGCAUUGGCCACGAGUGUGGACUCGAUUGGAGAACCCCAUUUGACAAUCUCACCAGUAUCCAGACGUCUGGGUCAUCCUCCUUGGUGAUGAUGCAGGCACCCCAGAUGGAUGCUCAUCCAGGAGGUCUUGGGGACCCCCUAUCUCCCUGCAUUUUAGAUUCAGCUUUAUUCCAUGGGGUUUACGCCCAGCGAUUUUUAGAAGACGGCAUCCGAGCCACUCUUGUGCCGACCUUCAUCAAAAACCUGCGCAUCGCCAACAAAGAGAUACACGGCGGCUCGAACCUUCACGCCUUAUCAACCAAAGGCUCGGCAGGGGAAUGCAAUGUUUCCGUGGGAGAUGAGAAUAAUGAUAUGGUUCUGGAGGCCGAAGGCGUCCGACUAACAAGCCUUCCCGGGCCCCUUUCAGCGUCCCAACCAGUCGAGGAAAUGUGCCACGCGCUUGAUUGGGUGCUGGACAUGGGCAUGUUGACACCGGAGGGUUACCAUGCCUCUCUUGACCCCGUCAUCCCUACGAGCUCUUUUUCUAAGAUGAAUUACUCUCUUGAGGCUUUGUCCCUGCGUCAUAUCCAACAAGCGCUGACGGGAGUCACGCUGUCCGAUAUUCCCGACGGACAUCUUCGCAAAUAUUUCGCAUGGAUGCAGACCUGCACAGGCAUGGAAAGGUUAGAUGCGUCGCCGGAAAAGAAAGCAAUAGAUGGCAGUAUUCCUCUUGAUCUCGGACCCUUUGGGAAAGCUAUUGAUCGCCUAGGGCCAGAGCUUCCAGGGAUUCUAACCAGCAGUAAAGACCCAUUAUCUCUGCUUACGGCAGGCGAUCUCCUCUCUCAGCUUUAUUCCGAGCCCAGCUGGCUGCGCUGCUAUGCCCAGAUGUCCGUUUAUUGCCGCCAGAUGAGUCGCCAGAACUCUGGUCUAAGGGUGCUGGAGAUUGGGGCUGGGACCGCAUCCGCCACGUUCCCCAUUUUGACGGCGAUGCGAGACGGGAACGAUCGUUCGGUGGACCAAUACGACUUCACUGAUAUAUCGCCGGGCUUUUUCGAGGCCGCGAGAGACCGGCUCGCCGAGUUCCAGGACGUUGUUACAUUCCGAACGCUUAAUAUUGAGCGUGAUGUCCAAGAGCAGGGAUUCAAUGAGGCCAGUUACGACCUGAUCAUUGCUUCAAACGUAAUCCAUGCGACCAGCAGCAUUGAGCAUACUCUGCAAAAUGUCCGUCGCCUUCUAAAACCAGGCGGCCAAUUCAUGCUCAUGGAGAUCACGCGUCCCACUCUACACUAUAACAUAAUCUUUGGUACUCUUCCUGGCUGGUGGGCGGGACACUCUGAGGGACGCUUGCUCUCCCCGCUGCUCACUGUUCCUGCAUGGAUAUGCCAGCUGGAACGCGCCGGGCUUGCCAAGGCUCAAGAGUGGUUCAAAGACUUCCCCGAGGAGGAUGGCGGCUUGAUGAGUGUCUUCGUUAGCCAUUCUCCGCGGCCGCCUUCGUCUAACGGGUCCUUUUCGUCCCUACAGCUAGUGACGGCGCCCUCUGCCCAGCCAUUUCCAGGGGGCUCUAUCAGAAGCAUCCAGAGCCAGCUUCAGGGCACUGAAGUAUCCGUCAAUUCACUCCAAAAUGCGACCCAGGCCGACCUUAUAAUCCUUCUUCCGGAGGUGGCCCAACUGCUGUGCCAUAAGCCUAGCGCUGAGAGUUGGGGCAGGUUCAAGCAUAUACUUAUCCAUGCCCGCGCCGUACUGUUCGUCAGUGUAACUGGGGAUGGUACGCUUAACGGCCUAAAGUCUAGUAUUUGGGCUGGUUUCUCCCGAACGAUUCGCCUCGAGCAUCCUGAGCUUCGGACUGUGGCACUGGAACUAAGCGUGUCCUCGCUGCAAGAGGUGCCCACUAAAUUGGGCAACCUUGUACCUAAAUUGCUCCGGGCUGAAGCGUUCAACCUUGAACGACCAGGAUUGGAGGUCGAUAAUCAGUAUCUAGAGCAGGAUGGGCAGCUAUAUGUACCUCGGGCUUUCCACCGUCCAGAGAUGACACAGUACACACACCGCAACAGGCAGCAGGCCGAACCCGAGAUGACACCCUUCCUGGACACCGGCCGUCAGCUGGUGGCUGAACUGGGCAUCCCUGGUCAAUUGGAGAGCUUCCGCUGGCGAGACGCUGUCAAAACUCCUAAAGUAGGCCCAGACGAAAUCCGACUUGAAGUGCGAGCUGCUGGAAUCAACGUCAGGGACGUUCUCGUUGCGACAGGUCAAAUGAAUGGUGUUCCCGAGAUGCAAAAUGACUGCAGUGGCGUUGUCAUUGAUGUUGGAGAAAGCAUGAAGAGCCGCUUUCGCCCUGGGGAUCACGUAUGUGUUCUGCACUCGCAGUCCUUCACCAACUAUGCAGUUGUCCACGGCGACUACUGUCAUGUUGUACCGGACCAGGUAUCCUUCGCCGAAGCGGCAUCUUUGCCAACUGUCUGGGCAACGGUUUAUUACUCUCUGGUUGAGAAGGCACGUCUAGCCAAAGGAGAAAAGAUCCUCAUUCACUCAGCAGCUGGGGCGGUCGGUCAGGCUGCUAUCACUCUGGCGCAAUAUCUCGGGGCCGAAGUCUUCGCCACCGCUGGCAGUGCUGCCAACCGCCAGUUUCUGCUGGAAAAGUACUACCUGGGCGAUGACCAUGUGUUCUCAAGCCAGAGCAGAAACUUUGCUGGUGGCGUCAAACGCAUCACCGAAGGUUACGGUGUGGAUGUUGUGCUGAACUCGCUCAGCGGUGAUGCUUUCUGCGAGACUACCACUCUCGUCGCCCCCUUCGGUCGCUUGGUGGAGAUUGGUUGGAAACAGUCUACCGAAGAUGCGUUGAUGCCGAUGGGCUUCCUGCACAGGAAUGUCACCUUUGCCUAUGUUGACUUGGGCAUGAUCAUUGCUCACGACCGUCUUCUGUCCAGGCAAUUGCUUGCGUCUGGUGUCACCUUUGCCACGACCCACGGCAACCAACCAGUAUCUAUGACAACGAUGCCCAUGUCCCAGAUCGAUCAGGCUUUCCGCCUGCUUCAGCAAGGCGAGCAUGUAGGGAAAGUUGUCCUGACGGUAGAGGAAGAUCAGGAAGUCAAAGCAAUCCCCCCCGUCCCAGAGCAAGCACGAUUCCGAUCAGAUGCCACCUACCUUGUCGUUGGUGGCUUUGGCGGUGUUGGGCGCGCCAUCAUCUCUUGGAUGGCCGAUCAUGGGGCAGAAGUCAUAUUAUGCCUGUCACGCUCGGGCAUCGCCAAUCCGCAGGGCCAGAAGUUGAUCGACGAGUUCAGUGCGAGAGGAGUCACCAUCAUAGCUAAAGCAUGUGACAUUUCUUCCGGUCCUGAUGUCGCCACACUGGCCCUGCAGGUCACCCGGGACAGGUUGCCCCCAGUUCGCGGCAUUUUCCAUUGUGGCAUGGCCCUCCAGGACACUCUCUUUGGCGAAAUGGACCACGAGGAUUGGCACACUGCCCUAGCCCCUAAGGUGGACGGCACCAUCCACCUGUACGAGACUUGGGGACAGCAUGUGGACUUUUUCAUCAAUCUGUCCUCCAUCCUGGCGCUCAUGGGUAACGCUAGUCAGUGUAAUUACGCCGCGGCUUGUGGGUUCCAGGAUGCACUCGCACAUCGACACGCAGAACUAGGCGUGUCUGCCUACUCCAUUAAUGUCGGCAUUGUCGCGGAGACCGGCUAUGUCAGUGAAAACCCAGAGGUUGCUGCGUUGAUCCGGCGACAAGGGUUCCGGCUGAUCAGCAUCGCCGAUGUCCUGGCGCUCUUGAACUACGCCGUUACUCAUCCAGAUGCCACCGAUCGGGUCUGGUCGCUCGGUCUGGUGCCCGCAGAGGACACCAAGCAGGUCCGUGGGCUGCAAGAGCGCUGCUUCAGCCAUCUAGGACCGCGUCGCCACUCGAACAAACAGGCCUCCACGGCCUCAGCGGAUGCUCUCACGCUGCUGGAGGGAGUUCGGUGGACGGAGGACGUCGUGCAGAUUAUCAGCCAGGCUAUCCUGCAGCGGCUGGCCCGGCUGAUUGCCACCUCCGUCGACAGAUUGAGCCCAGCCAAAAGCCUGGAUAACUAUGGGGUGGACUCCCUAGUGGCCGUGGAGCUGCAUAACUGGAUUGCGGCCUCCUUGCAGGCCAACAUCUCAUUGGCGAUUCUUCGCGGAGCCUCCAGCAUUCACGAUCUAGCGCAGAUUGUGAGCAAGGCCUCGUCCUUGGUUCGCGAGGAUGGAGCGACUGCGGCAUAAAUCCAGUCAAUUGUAUUAUUGGGUUUGACAAGGACUGUAGCGAUCCACGGGCUUGGAAGGACGUACAUCCAGAUCGAAUUUGUAUUCCAAGCCUUGUAUUCUUGUGCUGCCUCUCAUGCCAUUCAUCUCUCUCAGAGGUUGGUUAAAAGCUUUCUCUUGCGAAUUGAC